CCAUACACUCGGUUUCCAUCAAUUUGAUGACCGCCAUAAAAUCGUCUUGGAAGACUGCACGUGGCCAGGCGAGCUUGGAUUUGGAAACUUUGCCAAACUAUUGCCAGUGAUCAUAAUUGGUCUUUGCAUUCAUUCGGAAUCUUUCAUUUCGAUGGGAAAAGGUUGAUUCUUGAAUAAAAGACUUGUGAUGGACAAUCAAGAAAAAAUCCGUCGAAAUGUUUUUUCUCCCUCUCAGCUGCGCUUAAUCACGCUCCUCAUUGACCGGAAGGCUUUGUUUGCAUUAUGAGGAACCCAGCCCGCGCCGAGGAGAACAAACUUUUUGUCGCCGUUUGAUGCCGAUGCCGACCUUUGGCCACCCCGGAGAACAUUUGUGCUUGCGUUACGACUCGUUAAAACGAGCAAGAAAGUUUCAUUCGCUGGAAAAGUGUCGUUUUCGCCGAUGGAUCCAGCCAGAGUCGCGGGGACGCUGUGGGAUGUUUUGUACUAUUUAGCCGCAGCGGUCAACAGAUUCCUCAGGCCGGGACCUUUUAACAUCACCAGUCAUGAUCUGCUCCAAGAAUCCACGGCUGAAAGUGGUUCUGGUGGCGACGGUCACAUCGCGGGCGUCUGUCAGGAACAAUCUGACGAGGCGGCGCUUGAGCCGAGUGCACCGCUACCCGCUUGGGCCGGUGAACAACCCCAAAACGCUGCAAACAAAGCACCUGAGGAGAGUGAUUCUGCUGAAGAUUCUGCGGCAACCUUCCGCAGUGUCACUGCGGUGACUGGCGAACAAGUUGGGGCAGACGAAGACGGCUACGAGGAAGAAGCGGAGGCCGGGCCGGCGCAGGAAAUCGGCGAAGCCUUCAGAAAUCUGCCCUCCCGUGUCUGUGAGGUGUCACGGCAGCCGCAUCCUCCGACAUGUGAGGAGCCGCUUCCCGAGCACAAUGAUGAGGCUUUUGCACAUGGAAAUAAAAUGCAAGGCUUCCUGCGAGUCGAGAAGUUCCUUGCCGCAGAAACCGAGGCUGCUUGUGCCACUUCAAAGAUGGGAGUCAAACUCCCGGAGGGGGAAUCGUGCGCGCCUCGCAGUCCAACCGACGGCGACACGGAAGAGCUUCAGGAGGGGAUGGAAGCGCUUGCGCUGGAACGCGCUCGACGGUUGCGCGACGCCGCGGGAGACAACGACGAGACCGGGAGGGAAACGCUCGGAUUCUCCCGUGACAAAGAGCGGAUGGGGGCGCCGGCGGAAGUGGGAAGCGGCCUCGGCGGAUCGUCGCUGGCCGGAGGAGAGAUGAAACCUGAAAGCUGCGCUGUGAGGGACCAGAGGUCAGAGGAGGUCACAAAAUACGGAGAGGAUCCGCUUGUGCCCAAGGGCAACCGGGGGCUGAAUGAGACCAGAAGCGCUUCGGAUCUCCGGACGACGACGACGAUGUGCAGCACCGAGGAAAUGACGCUCGGCUCAGACAGCCGGCGUCGAGAGGCCAUUCUCGAUACGGGGAUGCCGACUGCUUGCCCAGAAGGCCACUCGGACUCCAAACAAGACGAGUUCUCAAACGAGUCUCGCUACGACGCAGAAAGCUUCACCAUAAUAUCGUCCCCCGAGUUGGGCUUCUCGGACCGCUCCUUCGGCGAGUCCCGGACCGCCGCUUUUGAGGUCGAGCAAGCCGCCGCUCAAGAAGUUCUUGAGAUGAAGUCAUUGGAAAUCCCGAAGAGCGAUUCCGAGGAGGAACCGGCCAGCUUUUCCGGUCAACCCGGCGAGAAGACGAUUCCGCAAUCGGUGGACAAGCCCGAGAGUCAAAUUGAGGUGAGCAGCUUUGUGCUGAACUUUGCCCCCCAAAGGUCAAGGAUGGCUGUGAAGAACCCCCGCGUCAGGCCACCGAAAGAUCGCCGCUCGCUUCUCCAAAGGCCCUCGCUGCCUCCCGGAAGCUCUCCGCCGCCCCAGCCGCCAUCCAAAAUCCCUGUCGGCGUUCAUGUGUUGGGAGGUUUCAGGUUGGGAAUCCAACUGCCAGGGCUCGGUGCAGCGUUUCCCGUCGCCAAAAAGUUGCCAAAGAUGUGCUCUGAAAAUUCAGCCGGGUUGAGGGCGUCGCGCCAACAGGAAGCCGAGCUCAAAGCGGCGCCGAAGGCCGACGCGACCAAACAAGCCGCCGCGCCACCUCAACCAAAAUGGAUGCCGCCGAGACAAGCGGGAUUUGGAAAUCCAUUCAUGUCAGAGCUCAAGACCAAAUUGAAGAAAGCCACCAAAAACUGAGAUGAACUCUAGUUUUCUGUGAAUAUCUGGAGAAGUUUUGAAAGAUUGUGUUUGUGCCAAGAUGAAUAUCAUCAUUAUUAUUGUUAUGAUUGUAAUAAAGUCUAAAGCAACCUCUUAACUGACGCAUUUCUUUUUGAGUAAGAGGCCGAUAUUCGGGGGGGCGGGGGGGCAAAAGCUCCCUAAAAACCUGAGUUAAAAAAAAAAAAAAGUUGUUGUUGCUGCCAUGGUGAUUGUCAUGCAAGUUAAUGAUGUCACAAAGAGACCAAAGGGAUGAAAGACACCAGCAAGGUGGGUUGCUUCAACAUGUGCUAGCAAAGUCUUCAGGCUGCGGCUCAUUCACAGCGCAACUUUGGGAAGUAAGUAUGAACAAUUUGUCUGGGACGCUUCCUUGGAAAAAUGCUCAACGCUCGCUCAAAGAAUUGAAUGGUUGCGGAGUUGACAUGUCUUUGCACCCAAUUCAACUCACUCAAUGCCAAGGACUUUGUUUUUUCCAUGUUUUAAGAAUCCGGGCAUUUAAUCCAAGCUACCUAUUUAAGUAUUUUACUUUUUUUUUUUUUUUUUUUUUUUUAUUUACAUGGGAAGGUUAAAGAAGGGAAUGAAAGUAGCGCGCGUCGCAUAAGGUCCAGAUUUUCUAUUUCGGUAUGUUUCGUUUGGGUUCCCGUUGUCUGACUUUUGAAUUUAAUUUGGUGUUCAGUUCAAGGACGAGCCCGAGCAAUAACCUCUCGAGAAAAAUGCGUUGCGGAAUGAAGCCUCUUUCCAAGUAUUUACGUUGGACGAAGGGAGAUUGAAUUCAUGAAUCCGUCACUGUUGAUUUAACGCACGUUGGAUUUAUUCGUGUCCCCA